AUGGUGAACAACGCAGCGGUGGAGGCAAUCUGCUCUGCGACAUACUUGUCCAAUUAUCUGGACACGAUGGAAACUCUGCCGGACGAUCUACAGAGAAAUAUCUCCCAAAUGAGAGAACUUCACAUACGGAGCAAAGCUCUUUUGGACGAGAUACAAAAUUUGAGGAAUACAAUCAUGAAAGAUGGUGGGUCCUCGAAAAAGGCCUGCCUGGCCCUACAGAGGGCAUUGAUACAUUGCCAGGAAAUUGGAGAUGAAAAGAUUGCCUUGGUGCAGCUAAUUACAGAUCUGAUAGAAAACCGCUCUCGGCAGCUUGACCAGGACAGGGAGCAUUUAGAUCCUGGUUCUACGAAAGAACCCGAGCCAGAAGAAGUUAUUGUUCCUCCAGUCAAGAAGGAAACAAAAGUAGAACCUGAAAAGCCUGAGAAAAAUAAUGCAAAUAAACGGCAACGGCAGCAGAAAGUGGAAACGGUAGAGGAGGAAGUCAAGGAGGAAAAGGAAAAGGUAGCAAAGAAGAAGAAAAAACGCAAGGUCACAAAGAAAGAGACGAAUCAUGGAGAUUCGCCGGCAGAUUUCCAGAUUGAUCCAAAUGAACCGACAUAUUGUUCAUGCAGCAAUGUUUCUUACGGUGAAAUGAUUGGAUGUGACAAUGAAAAGUGUGUCAUUGAGUGGUACCACUUUGGCUGUGUAGGUUUACGGUCAAAGCCGAAGGGAAAAUGGUACUGCCCAGACUGUAGGGGUGAUAAGUCAAAUGUUAAACGACCAGACAAAUAG